AAUAAAAACAUUCGACACAGCAUAGUUAAGAUCACGGAAGGCUUGUCUGAAAGACAACUUGAUGAUGCCAUUUCGACUGCGAAAAAAACAUAUCCAAAAAUUUUCUUUCAAAGGAAUGAAAGCCUGACCGAAGUGACUAUUGUAGGAAAUGUAGCAAAGGUUGCAGGAAAUGUAGACCAGGUUGAGAAGGCACGGGAUCUGCUGUGCGAAACAUUAAAUGGUGUUAGUCAUGGUUCCUCAUCAACAAGAAAUACUCCUAAUGCUCACGUGACCAUGAAUUCUGGCACAACCUCCAUUGCAAACCCAAUACAAAAAAACAAUCAAGACACCUGCCCAAUAUGUAUGGAUGAUUUCACAAAUAAAACAUCCCUGAAAAGAUGUAAGCACUCUUUCUGCAAGGAAUGCAUUGAUCAGGCAAUGAAGUCAAAGUCAGUAUGUCCAAUUUGCCAGACAGUUUAUGGCAAACUAGAAGGUGAUCAACCAAAGGAUGCCUCAAUGAAGGUAACGAAUUACUACACUACUUUGCCAGGAUAUGAGAAGUAUGGAACCAUUACAAUAUACUAUGACGUUCCAAGUGGCAGACAAGGGCCAGAGCACCCACAUCCUGGGAAGCUUUAUCAUGGAACAACAAGGACAGCAUAUUUACCUGAUUCGCCCGAGGGGAAGCAUGUACUCAGCCUCCUCCGGCGGGCAUUUGAUCAGAGGCUGAUCUUCACUAUUGGGACAUCGUCAACCACCGGGCUGCAGGACAGUGUCACGUGGAAUGACAUCCACCAUAAAACCAGCACACAUGGAGGACCUAACAGCUAUGGAUAUCCAGAUCGUGAUUACCUCAAGCGUGUACAGGAGGAGCUGAAAGCUAAGGGAAUUUUUUGAAUUUCGAAAAAUGCAAGAAAACUCCAAAGUGAUUCCAUAAAGACAUUAAAGAGUAAACAAUACAUGUCAACAUGUAAGAAUUGUAGCCAAGCAUUUGUGUUUAAACUGAUUCUAUCAAGCUUACAUGUUAUUUUUCUAAUUAACAAAACAUGUGCUACUGGUGUUAUGUGAUGAGAUGAAAAAAUAUCCUAUGGGAACCCGCACAGAACAGUGCAUCACGAUAUACAGGAGAAUAGCCCAUGAAAGUUGACAUCACAGAACUACUUACUUGAUUCCAUCAAGUGACCUUUAAUUUUCACGACGAAUGCAGAAAUAUCCCAUUCAACCAACUUUAGAAAUGUUCAUUACAUGCCAGUCAAAGUUAAAUAUCUCAUUCUCAGUCAGAAAUGUCUCACAAUGUCAAACAAAUAAUGUUUAUGAUGGGUUUUCAUGCAGUCAUUGGUGACCAGGCUGAGACGAUUAACUCACAACAGGUGGCUGCCCAUAAUUGAACCCAAAUCCAGUUUGUCGAAAUACUUAAUGUGUUACAACCACACAAAUGUGGUUAUAACCACAUGAUGUAUCAUCUUAUGGGUUAACUUUUUCCCGUCACGUAUUACAAUAACUUACCGUAUUUGUUUUUGGAUUAUGAAGCAAUUAAACUUUCAAUGGUCAACUGCUACUAAAUUGCACACAAGUACGGCGAUUCAACAGUGUCCUGUAUUCUGCAUCCCGACUUAUUUUAAAACAGCUGUAAGCAGCUGGUUUAAUCUUGUAUUCACUCACCUCGAAUGACUGCACCUUGUGUGGACAGUGUAACAUGACAGGACUUUAGGACCAGUCUGGGCAUACUUAAGAAUGUUAAUUUUCUAUUCACUCUAUUAUGCUUUAUAGAUAGUGUCUGAUUAUAUUAUUGUGUGUACAUUUUUCUUUGGGAUAUAUUACAAACUUUCAAAUUAUGUCAAAUUGAAAGUCUUGACAAUCGGGUGGUAUGAAUUAAUGUCACAACUAUGAGUACUAAACUUUUUUUUCAAACUGUCAUUGACAAUAGUUUUAAUUUAAAAACUAAAUUUAGCUCAAAGGCUUGGUAUUCAGUUGCUUAUAUUAUUACUGCAUUAGACUGUGUAAUAUUAUUGGUGAUUUUAUUAGAAUUAUGGACACGUGCAUGCUGAAUAAACAAAAUGAAUUGA